UGGCUCUCUGGAAAACCGGGAUUUUUUUGAGGGGAACAACGGAGUGUGGGCAGUAUUGUUUUGGGACUUCACCUAUUCAGCUAAUGUAGUCAUGUAAAUCAUUCAGGAUAAUUAUAUUUUUGUUUUCUAUGUAAACGUUUUAGUAAGACAAGACGAGUGGCUUUGUCGGAGUCAGUUGAGUGUGAAAAUGAUAUGUGGAACUCUAAAAUAGCGGAUGUAGUUUCCGUCGGCGUGUUUGAACGGAACGGACCUGCAGUGCAGUGCAGAAGCAGAGCUUUAGGAGAAAAGCUGUUUAAUUAUUAUAGAUAUAAAGAUAUAUAAAAUAUGUUUAAGGCGCAGUUUGGGGUUUAAUUGCAGCGACAAGUUGGAGUCGCUUGACCACUGAAAACUAGCAAGCUGAAACAGAAGAGAUGCCUAAUGCCACUACAAGGCCAAAGAGAACGAGGCGUCAUAGGCGAGCUCAGAGAGAAGAUGUUGCAAGAAAUGAGCUGGUGUCAAGAUCAUUGGAAAGUGCUCAGCAGUGUCUGUUUAGUGAGGACUAUGGCACUGCUUUUGUUCACUAUUUGUUAGUUCUCAACCUCGCUCCAGCUCUGAAAGACUUUGCAAAUGAGUCAUUUAGAUUUACCCUGUUUAAAUGGGCAGAAGAACUGGACUCUCUUGGACGUAUCCAGGACCUCUUUGAUUGCUAUGAACAAGCUAUGGAAUUGUUUCCAGUAGAUGAGAUUAUAGUGAACAGCAUGGGAGAGCACCUCUUCAGAAUGGGAUUUCGGGAUGAGGCUGCUGGCCAUUUUUACAAAGCCCUUAAACUGCGACCAGACUUUCCAGAGGCGAAAGAGAACUUUUACCGUGUUGCCAACUGGUUGGUGGAGCGCUGGCACUUCUUAAUGCUCAAUGACCAUGGACGGAACCACAAGUACCAGUUAGCUAUAAAGAAAGCUGUUGAGGGCGGUUGCAGCUCAGUUCUGGACAUUGGAACAGGCACUGGCAUCCUCGGGAUGUGUGCAAAAAUGGCUGGCGCUGCUGAGGUCUUUGCCUGUGAGCUGUCAAAGACAAUGUAUGAGCUGGCAUGUGAGGUGCUCUCAGCUAAUGGGAUGGCAGAUUGCAUCAAAAUCCUUCACCGGAAAUCUCUGGACAUGGAAAUUCCAAAAGACAUCCCAAACAGAGUGUCGCUGGUUGUAACAGAGACUGUAGAUGCAGGGCUGUUUGGUGAAGGCAUCAUUGAGACGUUGAUUCAUGCAUGGAAGCAUCUGCUCCUACCUCCUCCUAACCCUAGAGAAACCUUGUCCAGCCCAUCACAAACAGGUCGGGUGAUACCUGCUGGAGCAACCGUGUUUGGAGUUGCUGUGCAGUGCCCUGAGAUCCGGAGACACCACAGGCUGUGUGUGUCUUCGGUGGGAGGCUUGGAUCUGUCUGAGGUGGGACAAAUCUAUAGUCCUGUGAGCUGUUUGGCUGAUACGGAGGACAGCACUGAGCCCUACACCACUGAAAGACUGAGCCGUCUGCGUGGAGGAUACAGUCAGCUCACACAGCCAUUCACAGCUCUGGACAUAGACUUCAAUAAUUUGCAGGAGCUGGAGGGUCUUUGCUCCAGAGAGGUGGUGCAGCUCCGCUUGUGUGUCACUCAGGAUGGCGUUCUUGAUGCUCUGGCGGUUUGGUUUCAGCUACACCUGGAUCAGGACAACCAUCUGUCCACUGGCCCACAAGAAGAAACAUGCUGGGAGCAGGCCAUCUAUCCAGUGCAGAGUACUUUCAACACGGUGAAACGUGGUGACGAAAUACUGGUGGAGGUUUCCUGUAAAGACUCUUACCUGAGGCUAUGCUGUGUUGCCAUCAUAAGAGAUGGAGACACAAUCCAUAUGGACAGUGCAACUAAAGGAGCUCCUAAAAGCCUCCCCGUGAACCCUGAGGUGGAUCUGUGCAGUGCUCUGGCUGGCCUUCAAACUAACCAGGAGAAAGCGUCUCUGGCUUUCAUGCUGGAGUCCUCAGAGAUCGCCCUCCUCAACAACACAGCCUAUCACAGCAGCUUCCAGAAAGCCAUGAGCAAACUUCUGGAUUCUCUACAGUCAACUAGAAGGCCACAGGAGUCAAACGCACAACCGGAUCCAGUUUACGUGCUCGACGUCUCUGAGGGCUUUUCGGUUCUUUCCUUGAUAUCAGCCCAGCUAGGCUUCAACAAACAAAUCGGCAGUAAUUCUGGACUGGUUAAAGCCUACAGCUCGGUUGAGAAGGAGCAUCACCAGACUCUGCUGAAACUGCUGGCCAAAGGGAACGGUGUGCUUGAAAGCGCACUAGAGUUUUGGUUGACUCACGUGGAGGAUGAUUCUGCAGUUCUCCAGCGACCGGCAACAGAGAAGCUCUGGAGUGCCAUCAUACUAGACUGCAUAGAGACCUGUGGCCUUAUUAGACAGAAACUGCUGGAGAAAGCAUCAUUAGCUAGGUGUUUGUUGGAGGACGGUGGACAGAUUUUUCCAGAGCGCAUUGUGAUCCACGGUAUGCUGGUAGAGUCAGACACACUGCUUCUGGAAAACGCCGUUCAGGGAACCGAACCAACACUUGGGUUCAACAUCGCUCCAUUCAUCAAUCAAUUCACAGUUCCCGUUCAUAUGUUUUUGGAUCUGUCCACACUUGAAUGCAGACAACUUAGUGAACCAGUUGAACUCUUCACACUGGACCUCAUGAACAGCAGUGCCAACUACACUGACAAACAAGUCAAAGUGCAGGUCAGCACCUCAGGCAAGGUGAGCGCUAUUCCCUUCUGGUACCAGAUCCAUCUGGACUGUUGGCAGAGCGUCAGCACCUACAGCAAGGACUCUCACUGGAAGCAGGCGGCAGUAGUCCUUCAGCAGCCUCUAACUGUCAGCAGAGGAGACUGGCUUCAACUCAGCGUCCGCCUGCAUAAAAGCAGCAUCUCCAUUACAGCCGUUAAAGAGGAGGAGCCAGGCGCUAAUGAUGUCAGCACUGAGGUGGGGUCUGCGACCAAUGACACAUGAUGGGAGGGACUUUAAUAUCAUGCAUUUUAAAACACUCUAUGAUCAAUGAAUCGCGCAGUUGUUUAAUUGCUAUACAGUAAACAAAGUUAUUUACAAUAAAUAAAACUUAACAUAAAACAGAACAUUAAAAUAAUUCACCAGGAUUUCAUGACUUGAUUUUUGCAGAUAUGGACAGAUAAAUGGUUUGCUCUAUGGAUAUUCUGAGAUCAUUUACACACACUUGUUUUAUUACAAAACCUAUAGUGGUUGCUGGAGAAUGACGAUUCCCAAACAUUUUAAAAAGUCAGUUGUUAGGUUUUUUAUAAUUGCGUAAUCAUUAAAAUGAUAAUAUUAACAAUGAUGGGCAGACUUUAAAGUUGGAUUGAUGACUUAUACAUAUUAUCUACUAUUUACUUGCCAAAUAAAACACUUUUUUAAAAAUGCACAAAAUGUUUUUGUAACAUUUGCUACAGUGUAUAAAAGUCAAUUGUUUGCUUUUAUAUGAUCGAGUCUAUGAUCUGAACAAAAACUGCAGUCUGAAUUAAAAUGUAAAGUUUCUACUUCCGAGGUCCCCAAUGAGAACACAAGUCUGUUCUGCGUUCUUGGUAUUGAGAAACAGCCUCUGAUUAGUUUAUUUGCAUGUUACACACAUAGUGAAAGUUUUAUAAACUAAAUUUGAGAGGAGCCCGUGAUAUGAUUGAUUGCAGCUGGUCUCUCAUCUGUAUUUAGUAAUAAUCCAGUCAGAUUGAUCCAAGCCUACACUGUAAAAAAAUCUGUUUGUUUUACUUUUUUUUCGGCAAAAAAAGCUUAAAAUAACAGCCAUUAAAUUACAGACAUUUUACAGAAAGUAAAAUGUCCUUAAUUUUAGAUUUCCGUUAAAUUUCUGUAAUUUACCGUCUGUUAUUUAUUCAUUCAUUCAUUCAUUUUCUUUUUGGCUUAGUCCUUUUAUUAAUCUGGGGUCGCCACAGCGGAAUGAACUGCCAAUUUAUCUAGCGCAUGUUUUACGCAGCGGAUGCCCUUCCAGCUGCAACCCAUCACUGGGAAACACCCAUACACUCAUACACUACCUACAAUUUAGCUUACCCAAUUCACCUGUACCGCAUGUCUUUGGACUGUGGUGGAAACCAGAGCACCCGGUAGGAAACCCACGCGAACGCGGGGAGAACAUGCAAACUCCACACAGAAAUGCCAACUGACCCAGCCGAGGCUCGAACCAGCAACCUUCUUGUUGCAGUGAAGCAAGAGCGCUAGCCACUUCGCCACCGCAUCACACCAUCUGUUAUUUUACUGUAAAUGUCUGUAAUACAACGGCUGUUAUUUUACUUUUUUUCGGCACCUCAGCUGCCGGAAAAAAGCAUAAAAUAACGGAUGUUUUUUACAGUGUACUAUAAAUAGAUCCCAUCUCCUCCUUUUCAUCCUUUACUAGGGGUAUCUCUCAAGACCUACCUUAUCUCAGACUCCCUUACUUGCUAAAAGAUCUGACUCAAUUAUCUCCAGGCUCAAGGUUCUCUCCCGGGACAACAUGCCAAACCUGCUGAUAAGCAUCCAGCAAUGUCUAAGUGUGAACUCUUGAAACUUAUUAAAAGUAUAAUAGAGCAUGUGCAGUGUGUUCCAAUUGUUUUCCUGUGGAUUUCCAAAAGUGGAUUUGGACAAGCCUCAAGUCUAUGUGCCCUGUGUGCUUUAGACCAUACACUAAACUCAUUUAAGCAUAG